AUGAGCGGGGCCAACGCGAGCUUCCUGACGGGCUUCGUCCUGCUGGGCUUCUCAGACCACCCUCGCCUGGAGGCCGCGCUCUUCGUCUUUGUCCUGUUCUUCUACCUGCUGACCCUGCUGGGGAACUUGGCCAUCCUCGCGGUCUCUCACCUGGACCCCCGUCUCCACACCCCGAUGUACUUCUUCCUCGGCAACCUCUCCUUGCUGGACCUCUGCUUCGCCAGCAGCCUGGCCCCCCAGACCCUGGUGAACCUGCGAGGACCGGCCAAGACCAUCUCCUACGGUGGCUGCGUGGUGCAGCUCUACGUGUCCCUGGCUCUGGGCUCCACCGAGUGCGUCCUCCUGGCCGUGAUGGCCCUGGACCGCUAUGUGGCCGUCUGCAGACCCCUACGCUACGUGGUCAUCAUGAGCCCGCGGCUGUGCCAGUGGCUGGCCUCUGCCUCCUGGCUCAGCGGGCUGGCCAACUCCCUGGUCCACGCCACCCUGACCCUGCGGCUCCCGCUCUGCGGCCAGCGCAGGCUGGACCACUUCAUCUGCGAGGUGCCGGCGCUGCUCAAGCUGGCCUGCGUGGACACCACUGUGAACGAGGCGGUGCUCUUUGUGGUCAGCGUCCUCUUCCUGGUCAUCCCGCCGGCCCUCAUCCUUAUUUCCUACGGCCUCAUCACUCGGGCGGUGCUGAGGGUCCGGUCGGCGGAGGCCAGGCACAAGGCCUUCAGCACCUGCUCCUCCCACCUCACCGUGGUGGUCAUCUUCUACGGGACGGUCAUCUACAUGUACCUGCAGCCCAGUGACAGCUCCGCCCAGGACCAGGGCAAGUUCGUCUCCCUCUUCUACACCACGGUGACCCCCACCCUGAACCCCCUCAUCUACACCUUACGGAACAAGGACGUGAAGGGGGCGCUGCGGAGGCGCCUCUCGGGAAGUCCGUGCGUCCUGCGGACCCGACGUGCCCGGUGA